AUGGCCACGUGCCGCCGACGGCAGCCGUGGAAUUCUCGUGAAUGCGCGAGAAUUCAGCGGAAGAUGCGCGACUUGAUUUUUGGCUCGUAUCUAAUUUAUUCAACGAAAAAGCUACAAGAUGUACUGAAACAGUUUUGUGAAGUGAAGAAACAAAGUCCUGACGGGGAUAUCGACUUCGAUGGCUUCCAGUGGUUUAUAAAUACAUUCCUAGAGGUGAAAGCACCAGAUGAAUUAUGCAGGCAUCUAUUCCUAUCAUUCGUUCGCAAGGACAAGCGACCGGCGCUACGCGAAAUGGCCGCCGCGAGCUCGGCCGCCGCCUGCGCAGCCGUCACAGCACAUGGGGACCAUCAGCUGGCAUUGCGGACGCUGGACGAGAAGAACCUGGGCUGGAUUCUAGGUUGGACCAAUUUGGAAAAUUAA